AUGCGUAACAUUUCUGGCGGAAGACUCUUUCCCUACGAAGAUACUUACAACGAAGAACUCCGUGAGGAGUAUUUCAAUCAAGGAGAAGUCAAGCAGGAAGAAUCUUCAGACGACGAGGAGAAGAAUGGCGCCAAGGGAAAAUACAAGCUGAUCGAGUUUAGAGAAAACGACCCUGAUAACCCGCAAAACUGGUCUACUUUCAAGAAGUGCUUUGUGACCUUCAACAUCUGUUUCCUGACUACUUCCGUCUACAUUGGAUCUGCCAUCUACACUUCUGGUCUUCCCUUCAUGACUCAAGUCUUUGGCGUGUCAACAGAAGUCAUCACCAUCGGUCUUACCCUUUACGUUUUGGGAUACGGUAUUGGUCCCAUGAUCUGGUCGCCUCUGUCUGAAAUUCCUCAGAUCGGCAGAAAUCCGAUUUACAUUGGUACCCUGGCUGUCUUCGUCUUCUUCAACUUCGGCGUCGUGUAUGCAAAGAAUAUUGGCAUGCUGCUGGCCUUCCGUUUCCUUACUGGUUUCUUCGGCUCCCCUGUACUCGCUACUGGAGGUGCCUCGUUAGCGGACAUUUUCCCUCCCGCCAAGCGCGCGUACGCUCUGUCCAUUUUCGGUAUUGCCAACAUUAUGGGACCUUCGCUUGGACCUGUUGCUGGUAACUGGGCAGCUCAAUAUGAAGGCUGGACUUGGCCUAUCUGGAUCCUUAUCUGGAUCUCUGGUGCUUGUCUUGUCUUCUUGAUCUUCUUCUUUCCCGAGACUUCUGCAAACAAUAUUCUCUACCGUCGCACUGCUCGUCUCCGCAAGUGGCAGGAGGAGAAUGGUUACUUGGAUGACAAGCCAUACGACAAGAUCAAGUGUGAGCCUGAGAUCAUGGGCGAGAACAUGGGCGCUGGCGACAUGGUCAAGAUGACUCUCGUCAAGCCUUUCUCUCUCACCCUCACAGAGCCGAUUGUCUUUGCUUUGAACCUUUAUAUCGCCCUCAUCUACGCAGUUCUCUACUGCUGGCUGGAAUCCAUUCCCCUCGCAUUCGAAGAUGUUUACGGUUUCGGCCUCGGAACUACUGGCUUGUGCUAUCUCGGUAUCUGUGUCGGUGGUGUCAUCUGUAUUCCGCCCUACUGGUACUACAACUACUACUACGUCGAGCCUCGUUUCUCAGAGGAUGGGAGCCUUCGCCCUGAGAUCAGACUGGAGCCAGCAGUGGCGACCUGCAUCUGUCUGCCCAUUUGUCUGUUCAUGUUUGGUUGGACCGCCAAGGCCUCGAUUCACUGGAUCGUUCCCAUCAUCGGUACCUCGUUCUUCACUAUUGGAGCCUUUGGUGCCUUCUCGGGUGUCCUCAACUACCUUGGUGAUGCAUACCCUGCAGAGUUUGCCUCCAUCUCUGCCGGUAACGACUUCUUCCGUUCGUGCUUCGGUGCCGCUUUCCCUCUCUUUGCCCGCCAGAUGUUCAACACUUUGGGCCUGGAUUGGGGUAACUCGCUUCUCGGGUUCUUGACUGUUUUGUUCAUCCCUGUCGUCUUUGCCCUGUGGUUGAAGGGCGACAGACUCAGAGCUCGCAGCAAGCGCGCUACUCAAGCUUACUUGAGCAAGAAGGAUGAGAAGAAGGAAGGUGACAAGAGCGAUGACGAGAAGACGCAAGUCGGCAGCGACGAGGAUAAGGAGAAGGACGACAAGUAA